CUAUGUUUUUCCUUACAUGUUAGUGAGAAUGAGUAUUAUAUGUUUGGACCAUAUCACUCAUUGACUCAUUGUACCUUAAUCACCCUUCUUUCUUUUUUUUCCUUAACUUUUUGAGUAACGACAACUGGAAAAUUAAUUUACUAGAUUUAACAAUCUAUAUCAAUGAUUUUUUUUUUAAUAUUUUAAAUUUAUCAAGCUGAAGUUGGACAGUCUAUACAAUCUUGAUUUUUUUUUUUAUAUAUAUAAUAUCUGUAUCUUUGAGCAUUUAAUCAGUUUCACUUUCAAUAACAACUUGGAUGGUUUUUUUUUAUUAUUAGUACCCUCUUGUUCUCUAAUUUUUGAGACAUUAAUCUUGUCUCUUGCUAUUUGUCACGUAUCUAAAACAAGUGGACAUGUGCUCACGCUUUUCUAUAUUUGCCUACUGCUAAUUUGUCACCAUUUUGCGUUCAUUCACUUGUCAAAUUGAGCAUCCAAAUUUAUUUUUUAUGGUAAGAAGAACAAAUCUCAACUUUUAUGGUUACUUGAUUAGUAUUCUACUAUUCUGUAUUUGCUGAUCAGAAAGGAAUGGUAAAAUGUUGACCCAAUUAUCGACAUGCGUAUCCAAAGUUAUAUGUAGUUAAUUAUAUUACAGUAAUUCGAUCUAAAAUCUCUAAAAUAUGUGUACCACUUGUGCACAUUGCAGCUGUACACCCUCAAUUCAACAAAUCAAAUUCGACCCUCUUCCCCAAGGCCAUUGCCAAUCUUCAAAUCUUACAAGAAAACCAAAAUGAACGCAACGCAAGAUCAACCUCACAUAUUUUUCCUCCCUUUCUUAGCUCCAGGCCAUAUGAUUCCAUCCAUGGAUAUGGUAAGAUUAUUCGCAACUCGAGGACUCAAAACCACCAUUGUUACCACCCCUGCCAACUUACAUUAUUUUGCUAAAGCCAUCGAAAUCAAUACCCAAAGUUCGAGCAUCAAAAUCGACCUACUAACCAUAAAAUUCCCUUCUGAGGAAGUAGGACUUCCUAAAGGAUGUGAAAAUUUUGAUUGUGUCACAACCCCUGAAAUGUUCCAUAAGUUUUUGAAGGCCGUUGAUCUUCUUCAACAGCCUUUUACAAAUUUAAUGGAAAAAUACCACCCUACUUGUUUAGUAGCUGAUAUUUUCUUUCAUUGGGCUAAUUCCGUUGCUAGUAAGUUCGAGGUUCCACGUUUAGGAUUCCAUGGAAGUAAUUACUUUUCGCGGUGCAUUGUUUACAAUCUACUUCAGCAUGAACUGCACAAGAAACUUUCAUCUGAUUCGGAGACUUUUGUUGUACCUGGCUAUCUUCCUCAUGAGGUAAUGUUAACAAAUUCGGAGUUGGCCCCUUAUGACAAGAAACAAGGUUCAAUUUUCUUACUCGAAUUGAUGGAUAAAAUAAGAGAGGGUGUAAGAGAAUGUUAUGGUGUUAUAAUGAAUAGUUUUUUUGAGUUAGAAUCUGCUUAUAUUGAUUAUUAUGAGAAUGUUAUGGGCAUGAAACAAUGGCAUAUUGGACCGUUUUCGCUUUACUUCAAUAAUGAAGGAGAACAUGAUGCUGUAAAUAAUAGAGGGAAAAACUCGUCAAUUGAUGUUAGUGAAUGUAGGAGAUGGCUUGAUGAAAAAGAGGUUAAUUCAGUAAUUUACGUUUGUUUUGGGAGUGUGUCAAAUGUAUCAAAUGCUCAGUUACAUGAAAUAGCAAUAGCCCUUGAAGAUUUGGGUCAAAAUUUCAUCCUGGUUGUUAAAGAGGACACAAAGGAGUGGAUCGCGGAUAGGUUUGAGCGAAAAACUAAGGGCCGAGGUUUGAUUAUAAGAGGAUGGGCACCACAAAAAAUGAUUCUAAAUCAUUCAAGUGUGGGCGGAUUUGUGACUCAUUGUGGAUGGAACUCGAUACUAGAAGGGGUGAUCACAGGUGUUCCUAUGGUUACAUGGCCACUCCAUGCUGAACAAUUUUAUAAUGAGAAGUUGGUAACGGAUGUUCUAAGGAUUGGAAUUCAAGUCGGGUCAAAACGAUUUGUUCCAAGAGUUGGAAAUCAUAAUAUAAUCAUUGGAAAUAAAGAGCUUUUGAAGGCAAUGAAAAGUGUGAUGAUUGAUGAAAUAGCUCAAGAUAUGAGAAAUAGGGUUCAGAAGCUAAAAGAAAUGGCAAGGAAGACUAUAUCCGAAGGAGGAUCAUCUUACUCUCAAUUAACUGCUUUAAUUACAGAAAUUAAAUCAUUCAAGAGCUAAAUGAACUUGAAAAAAUAUAAAAGUUUUGUUAUGUUUUUUGGAUCUAAUUGUAAGUUCUGAAUUUAGUAUUGAAUGUUGUACCUCAAUUCUAACUUUAAAUUGUGUCAUGCAAGAACAUAGAUUUUUCUUUGAGUAGUGUAAGAAAUUGUAGAAUUAGUUGUUGAAAUAGGCUAAUUAAACCCCCAUAUUUGUGUCCUUCAUGGUGUUAAAGAAGUGUUACUACUUAAAGUGUUUUACUCAAAAUAAGAUCCCCACUUAAAAUGUUAAUUUAUUCUUGUUAUAUUAAUUCUGUUAUAGGAUAGUUGUACAAUUUCUAUCCUUUUGAAA